UACCUCGCAAGAAAAUGUAGGACCAGUACUUGUACUGAUAACGAAGUCUUUCACACUAACGAAAUAACAAAAAACGUAUUGUUGGAAAUGCAACUCCCACACCAAAGUCAAAGAAUCUGAGCUUACCAAGUAGUAGAACACGUCAUUUUAUGAAAGUUCUCGAUUAAUUUACGGAAAAGUUACAGCGGAUAACAAUCAGGGUUACAGAAUUAAAAAGUGUAUGGAGUGAUUACCAGGUCACACCAACCUCACUCUUUCAGCACCUUGACUAAAUGACACACCAUUGUUAAAAGCCACGGAAAAUUGGAUGGAUUUGUAGCUGAUGGCACAUUGGAGGGAAAUCAUAUGAACUCAUUAGAUGUGUGCGUGAACAUGACAUGACCAUUGGCACUGAUGUCCACCUCAAUAGAACCAUUCAGAUGUUAAAUAGAUAGAUCACGUGACAUGAGAAGCUGGACCUAAGAGAAUGCACUUGAAAUUUAAAUAAUUUCUAUCAUGGCUAGACAGUGUGUAGGGUGUGAGAAUAAUUACCUUGAUUUCAUCGCGAAAUAUCAUCGAGAUAAUGACGCAAGCUUAUUAUUCCUGCGAAAUCACAGUGUACUUCCAGUGGAAGUACAAUGCCCGCACUGUAAAACACAGUGUCAUUAUAGUAAAGACAGACACCAGUGGAUUUGUAGUGCAUGGAAAAGUGUCCCAAAAGCAAAAAGAAGUAAACAGUGUAACUUUACUGUAAGCGACUAUAAAGGUACAUUCCUCUCGGGAACUAGAUUUGAACCCUAUCAAAUUGUUUUGUUUGUUAAUCACUGGCUAAGCAAACACUGGGACCAUCAGACCGUGAUAGAGUGUCUCCAUAUUUCUGAGCGCACCUGUGUGGAAUGGCAUGGCUUCUGCUCAGAGAUUACUGAGCACUGUCUAGACAACCAGGAACCCAUAGGUGGACCAGGAAUCAUUGUUGAAAUUGAUGAGACACACUUUGGUAACCCAAAUUAUGAGAGGGGAAGGCUGCUGAGCCAGAUCUGGCUGUUUGGUGGAAUCGAGCGCGAAAGCAAGAAGCUCUUCCUUGUCCCCCUUGUUGAGCCCCUGAGCAGGAACUGUGAUGCUGAAACCCUCAUACCUCUAAUAAAGAAGUAUAUUCUCCCCGGGUCAAUCAUUGUAAGUGAUGGCUGGACCGCAUACCAGACUAUAAGCGAACACGGCUACGAACACCAAAUCAGAAACCACGCUGAAUACUUUGUGGAUCCUGAAAACCCAGAUAUCCAUACGCAGAACAUUGAGCGGUUGUGGCGAGAUGUGAAAAAGUGGAGCAAGGAAGUAGGUAAUCGACAAGAAUUCUAUAAACAACACUUGGCCCGGCAUCUGUUUCUCCACAAGUACAAGACGGAAAUAGUCCAUCACCAGUUCUUCAUUGAGGCCGCAAAAUUGUACCCUCCACUGUCCGAUAAGGAACGGCAGAUAAGCAUCGCAAUUCCUGCCAACAACAACCUGGAAGACCCCAAUGAUCCUAGUGACCCACAGCCUGGCCCAUCUGGAGGUAAUGCUUAAGGUGCUGACGUGAAACGCAAACACAGAAGUACUGCAUUCAAAGACACAUACAAUUUCCUACGAAGAGCAAAAAUAAUAUAAAAAAAGGGGAGGAUACAAGAAGAAAGGGGAUAUAGGCUACUAAAUAGUACAAAACCAAUAAAAAAAGAAGACAAAGAAGGAGUGACAGUAGAAAAGAAGAAAAAAAGAGGAGGAAUUCAGUUUAUUCAUGCUUCAUUGUAAAGCAUAAAGUUGACA